CCGAGGGGAGAGUGACCUCCUUGUCAUCAGGGUACUGUUGUCAACUGUACAUACUCUGAGUGUCUACGACUUUCAGUAUGUAGUUUGUAAUAUGAAUUGCGCGAUAUUGUGUUAAGCCAGCUGCAGUCGAUUAACGUAAGCUUAAAAUGUCAGUAAAUCGCUGUAUUUACUUGUUGUCUCGCUCCCACAUCCGAUACCUGGUAUGUGCUCGCACUGCCUCCUCAACUGCUGCAGUAGUAAAUGACGCUUCCCUGCAUCCACCAAGAAAGACACGCGAAAGCUUCGCUCCGCCGAGGAGACAUUCAUCUUCAAACAGCUCAUCGAGACCAUUGGACACCUCACUGUUUGUACCGCUCACCAUCAAAAGUGAUGAAGGCGGGGACGGGACAGUCGGCGCGGAGUUAACGCAACCGCUGGACAAAAGCGAACUCCUUAAAGUACUGAAUAAAUUCUACAAAAGGAAGGAAAUGCAAAAACUUGCUGCUGACCAAGGGCUUGACGCUCGCCUCUUUCAUCAAGCCUUUGUCAGUUUUCGGAAGUACGUGCUAGAAAUGAACUCACUAAGUGCUGACUUACACAUCAUUUUUAGUGACAUCUGCUGUGGGGCUGGGCACAUAGAUGAUAUUUUCCCAUACUUUAUGAGACAUACCAAACAGAUUUUUCCCAUGUUGGACUGUAUGGACGAUUUGCGCAAGAUCAGUGAUUUAAGGGUCCCAGCUAACUGGUAUCCCGAGGCAAGAGCUAUUCAAAGAAAGAUAAUUUUUCACGCAGGACCCACCAACAGUGGCAAGACCUAUCAUGCCAUCCAGAGAUACCUAACAGCCAAAUCUGGAGUUUACUGUGGACCACUAAAGUUGCUGGCCAAUGAAAUCCAUGAGAAGAGUAAUGAUGCAGGAGUGCCAUGUGAUCUGGUGACAGGAGAAGAAAGAAUAUUUGUUGAUACAGAAGGAAGACAAUCUAGCCACAUUGCCUGUACAAUAGAGAUGUGCAGUGUUACGACUCCGUAUGAAGUGGCAGUCAUAGAUGAGAUACAGAUGAUCAGAGAUCCCUCCAGAGGGUGGGCUUGGACAAGAGCUCUUCUUGGUUUGUGUGCUGAGGAGAUUCAUGUGUGUGGAGAGACUGCAGCAGUUGACUUUGUCACUGAACUCAUGUACACUACUGGUGAGGAGGUUGAGGUUCACAAUUAUAAGAGGCUGACCCCAUUUUCAAUCUCAAAUCAAGCUGUGGAAUCUUUAGAUAACCUAAAGGCUGGUGACUGCAUCGUGUGCUUCAGCAAAAAUGACAUCUACUCAAUCAGCAGGCAGAUAGAGAUCCGUGGCUUGGAGUGUGCCGUAAUUUAUGGCAGCCUGCCCCCUGGCACCAAGUUGGCUCAAGCUAAAAAGUUUAAUGAUCCAGACGACCCCUGCAAAAUCCUUGUCGCCACGGAUGCAAUUGGAAUGGGUUUAAACCUGAGCAUUAGGAGAAUCAUCUUUAACUCUCUAGUAAAACCAAAUGUGAAUGAGAAGGGGGAGAAGGAGCUGGACACCAUCUCCACCUCACAGGCGCUGCAGAUAGCUGGGCGAGCUGGGCGUUUCAGCUCUGUUUUUAAAGAGGGUGAGGUCACUACUAUGCAAAGGGACGACUUGCCUGUUUUGAAGGAGAUCUUGGGGAAGCCCGUUGACCCCACUGAGGCUGCAGGAUUGCACCCCACAGCAGAGCAGAUAGAGAUGUUUGCCUACCAUCUGCCCCAAGCAACUCUCUCAAAUCUCAUUGAUAUAUUUGUGAGUCUUUCACAAGUUGAUGGACUUUACUUUGUCUGCAACAUUGAUGAUUUCAAAUUCUUGGCGGAUAUGAUUCAGCAUAUUCCUCUGAAUCUGCGCUCCCGCUACGUUUUCUGCACUGCCCCCAUCAACAAGAAACAGCCCUUUGUGUGCACAUCUUUUCUCAAGUUUGCCAGACAGUUCAGCAGAGAUGAGCCUCUGACAUUUGACUGGGUCUGUCGACAUGUGAAUUGGCCCCUGGCCCCUCCCAAAAACAUCAAGGACCUUGUUCACCUGGAAGCUGUUCAUGAUGUGUUAGAUCUUUACCUUUGGCUCAGCUAUCGCUUCAUGGACAUGUUCCCAGAUGCUAACCUCAUCCGUGGGAUUCAAAAGGAACUGGACGCUAUUAUCCAGAUUGGUGUGCGGAACAUCACACGGCUUAUCCGUGCCACAGAGAACCAAACUGGUUCCACAGAAACCAGUGCCUCCACAAGACUUCCUAGUUCAGACUUGCCACCACUCAGGAGGGGAAGAGGAUCAAAGGUCCAGAAUCAAAGAGAAGAGCACAGGGCAUCGGACUCAUCACUGGGCUCAAGACUGGUGCGGGAUGGACUACUGACUGAAGAGCUCUUACAACAACUGCAGAGAGAAUGGGUCAGACAGCAAAGCUACAGUGAAGACGACUCCAUUUCUGAAAAUAAAGUCAAAGGGAAAAGAAAGAAAAAGAAGUGAGCUAUCCUGUUUAAGACUGAAUUUCUGUACUUGUAGAAGAUCCUGUUUACAAGAGAACACACCAUUGUAUCUGAACUGGAUUGUCUCUCCAUUCAUGGAGCACUUGACAUCUAUCUUGCUAUAGUACAUUCAAAUUAUGUUAAAUAGGAGUGUUAAAAGAAACGUGUACCAUCCACAUAUAUGUAUCAAAAUAAAAUGAUAUAGAUAUUU